GUUUCCCCUCCGUCGGCAGCAGCCAGCCGCCGUGGGCGUGUUAUCCUGAAAACACAACUUCCUUAGGGAGGUGGUUUUGUAUUUUCGUCAAAUUCGGUCCAAAAUGUCUUUCUCGAACAAGUACAUCUACGCUACUUUGCCAAAGACUAACCGGGGACAGCCAAUCGUCCUUGGUGGAGAUCCAAAAGGAAAGAAUUUCCUUUACACCAAUGGCAAUAGCGUCAUCAUCAGGAAUAUUGAUAACCCCGCCAUUUCUGACAUCUACACGGAGCACUCAUGUGCAGUGAAUGUUGCCAAAUAUUCACCAAGUGGAUUCUACAUUGCGUCUGGAGACCAGUCUGGGAAAAUUAGGAUCUGGGAUACAGUUAACAAGGAGCACCUGCUGAAAAAUGAAUUUCAGCCCAUUGGAGGCCCAAUCAAGGACAUUGCCUGGUCCCCAGACAACCAAAGAAUGGUUGUCGUUGGUGAGGGAAGAGAAAGAUUUGGUCACGUUUUCAUGUCAGAAACGGGAACAUCUGUUGGGGAAAUAUCUGGACAGUCAAAGCCAAUCAACUCUUGUGACUUUAAGCCAUCUCGACCGUUCCGCAUUGUAACUGGAAGUGAGGACAACACCAUUGGUGUUUUCGAGGGCCCACCUUUCAAGUUCAAGAUGACCAAGCAGGAGCACAACCGCUUUGUCCAGGCCGUUCGCUACUCUCCGAGUGGAAACCACUUUGCCUCGGCUGGCUUUGAUGGAAAGGUUUUCAUCUAUGACGGCAACACGUCUGAUCUUGUUGGUGAAGUGGGUAGUCCUGCACACAAGGGAGGAGUUUACGGCGUGGCUUGGAGCCCUGAUGGGAAGCAACUGCUCACCGCGUCUGGAGACAAGACCUGUUGUUUGUGGGACGUUGAAACGAGGACUGCCGUCACAACUUUCAACAUGGGCAACACUGUCGAGGAUCAGCAGGUCUCCUGUCUGUGGCAAGGGCAGCACCUACUGACUGUAUCCCUGAGCGGGUUCAUCAACUAUCUUGACGUCAACAACCCCAGCAAACCAAUUCGAAUCAUCAAAGGCCACAACAAACCGAUCACUGUUCUUGAGCUCAGCACUGAUCGCAAGUCAAUUUUCACUGGAUCUCACGAUGGAUUUGUCACCACCUGGGAUGCUGCGACAGGAAACAAUGACAGGAUGUCUGGAACCGGUCAUGGGAAUCAGAUCAACGGCAUGCGAGCCACUGAUUCGACCCUGCUGACCUGCGGAAUUGACGACAGCCUCAAAACCAUCAAUAUCGAGUCAAAGCAGUACUUGCCUGCAGAUGUCAAGCUCGGAAGUCAGCCGAGAGGAAUGGACGUGAAGGGAAGUACAGUGGUUGUUGGUUGCAUCAAGGACGUCAGUGUUGUCGAAGGAGGCAGAAAGGUUUCCUCCUUACCUGUUGACUACGAACCUUCGUCUGUGUCCAUCAACCAAAGCACCGGAGACGUGGCUGUCGGUGGCUCAGCUGACAAUUCGGUCCACAUUUAUUCCCUGAACGGAACCAAUCUUGCCGAGAAACUCACCCUGGAGCACCUGGGUCCUGUAACUGACUGCAGUUACUCUCCUGAUGGACAGUAUUUGGUUGCUUGUGAUACCAACCGGAAAGUCAUUCUGUACAAGACUGAUGACUACAAGCAUGCACACAAUAAAGAAUGGGGAUUCCACACUGCCAGGGUGAACACUGUCGCUUGGUCGCCCGACUCAUCGCUAGUAGCAAGCGGCUCUCUCGACACAACCAUUAUUGUCUGGAGCGUCGCCCAGCCCAACAAGCACCUCAUCAUCAAGAACGCUCAUCCUCAGAGUCAAAUCACCCGUUUGGCUUGGCUGGACAACGAAACCAUCGUGUCAACUGGUCAGGACUGCAACACCAAGUUGUGGUCUGUUGCUCCGUUCUAAUGCACAGAGCAGUAUUAAUAUAUUUUCACAUUUAUUAUUAGCCCAUAUUUUCGUGUUUUUCUACACAAAGAUCAAAGUCUUUUUGAUAAAAAAAAUUUGAGGAUAAUUUUAUCUGUGUCCCUUAAUAGUUUGAGCCCGUAUGUGAAUAACAAUAAUUAAUCAUGUCCAUAAAUGUCCUCAAGUUCAAUUUUGAUACUUUUCCUCACAACUAUUAAGAGGAAUAAAGUUGUGAAAAUUAUCCAUUGCAAUUAACCAAAAAUGUUUUCAAUUUGUCUUCCAUGAAAUGGACAGGUCUGUAUUUUUAUAAUUCUCAAAUUGGCAUUUCUUACAAGUUCUGCAUUUGUGCUGUUAAGUGAAUAGCAUUAAAUUUUAAAUGAAGCUUUCUCAAACAUAAUACAAUGAUUUACAGAAUAAUCUCUUUGUUGUUUUUUUAUCCAAAUUUUUAUAAAUUUUGUUACCAAUAUCCAACGGCAUUUUUUCUGCUUCUUUUUGUUCAAUAAAAAAAUUGUAUUUAAACCUUAACUUAUUAAAUUUUCAAAAUCGA